CGCAAAGCAUCUUGAAUAUAGUCCAUCAACCGCUGCGAACGACAUGAUACGCUCCAAGACCGACGGGGACGAGGUGUUGUACAUGGACGAGGUUCACGAAGACGGAUACGAGGAAACGUCGAGGCCGACGCAGUCCGCCAAGGCGCACGCCAUGCCGACUAUCCGCUCACGUGUCGGCUCGCUGACAGAGACCAAGUUGCCGGAGAUUCCACACACGACCUUCGCUACCGAGCUGAACGACCUGUCAGAGAUUGAUGGGAAGCAGCCGAUCGGUUUCAACGACGUCCUGCUGCCGGGAGGGCCGAACAACAACCGAGACGAUAGCCGCGACUUCUUCCCCGAAGCAGCGCCCUCGCAGGUCACGCCCGACGUGAACCUGUAUCAACAUAAGAAGACCGUGGCCCAGGGCAUGAUGGACCUGGCGCUGCUGUCCGCCAACGCGAAUCAGAUGCGCUACGUUCUGCAGACGGACGGCCAACACCCGUAUUUUUACCCGUCGCUCAUCAUGAUCGGCACGAGCCUGCUCCUACAGAUCGCCGUGGGCAUCGGCCUGAUAUGGAACAGCCGCUACAACGUCAAGGAGCACGAACAGAUGUGCAAGGCCAACAAGGCGAACAAUUGGACGGUGAUCGGCAUAUUCCUCGUUACGAUACUCAAUGUGUUCAUCUCGUCGUUCGGCGUCGUCGACCAGACGUCGUCGUCGACGACGAGCACCGUCGUCGUUGCGUAGCCUGUGUUGGUGCUCUUCUCUCGUGACGGUCGUCUGUUAUUUGUGUGCGGGAUGUUCCCUUUGACGAACGAACCUUGGGGAACGUUGGGGUAUUGUCGUUUCGUUCACACUACUCGGACAUGUUCGAAGAAGUGAGACCUUGCCCGCAUGCGUUGGCAGGUUGAUGUCCACAGUACCUUAAUUCGCUCGUUAGAAUACCAACCUGCUCCACUUCUCACUUCCAAUCUUUUUACGAUAGAUGUAUAUAUACAGGAUAUUACACUGUACAAACUUAAGGAACAUGUUUCUGAUCGAAGUAGUAAUUGUCCUGUAAAACAUGGAUCCAAUCUACGCGUUCAAAGUUGACAGCAUAAUUUUGGGAAUAUUUUUUCACGAAAAAUGGAAAGUAAGGAGAAAAAACGUAAAGAUAGAAAAUUUAGCGUACAGAAAGAAAGUUAAUACUCGGGCUAAAUUAACAUAUACUAAUAAAUUGUUACUAAUUUAUAUAAUUACGGAAACAUGAUAAUUAAGUUUGUACAGUAUGUCAUGUACACCUGUAAAUCGAAAUUGCGCGAAUAUUUUUACGUUAUAUUCACAUUAUUGUAUGAUAUGUUUGGUACACAUUUUUGUGUUUAUGUUAUUCAUUUUCUACGAUAUAUAGAGAGAGAUAUAUAGAGAACACGCAUGAAAAGUAAUUCCUUUAAUGUAAUACAGAUCUUUUCUUAAGAAAACGAGACUAUGUAACGAUUGCGUUUAAACACGAUAGAUUGACGGUAUUUGCUCCAACAUUUCCCUCAAUUCGACCAUCAGUUGCUUCCUGCGUCUUUGCAGACUUUCUU